AUGAGCGCCAACGAGGACCAGGAGAUGGAAUUGGAAGCAUUACGUUCUAUAUACGAAGGAGAUGAAAGUUUCCGGGAAUUAAGUCCAGUUUCAUUUCAAUAUAGGAUAGGUGAAAGUGGUGAUCCCAAAGCCUUCCUCAUCGAGGUUUCCUGGACGGAGACAUACCCGCAGACCCCCCCAGUCAUCUCCAUGAACGCUUUCUUUAACAACACCAUAUCGUCAGCCAUAAAGGAGAGCAUACUAGCCAAGCUACAGGAGGCGGUGGAAGCCAACCUCGGCACCGCCAUGACCUACACGUUGUUUGAGUAUGCCAAGGACAACAAGGAGCAGUUCAUGGAGAAUCACCAUCCCGUGAACUCUGCGACAUCCAUAAGCAAUAUCCUCUCAGUUGAAACUGCAAAUGUAGCUCCAUCCAGUAAGAAAAAAGAAAAGAAGGAACAGCUUACAAAAGCCCAAAAACGCAAGCUGGCAGAUAAAACAGAUCACAAAGGAGAGCUUCCUCGAGGCUGGAACUGGGUGGAUGUGGUGAAGCAUUUAAGCAAAAGUGGCACUAAAGAUGAUGACUAG